CUGUACAGGAAGGUGGUCCACCAGAUGAUUCAGGUGCUAAUCAGGAAGCUGACUUCUCUGAGCCAUUACGAGGAGGCCCUGGUCAAGAUCAACACUACGGCCACAGACAGACUGACCGUGCUCAAGGCCAAGCCUCAGGCCAUGCUGUCCAUCUGCAACGACCCCUUCACCGUGGCACAGCAGCUCACACACAUAGAACUGGUGAGAGACAGACAGACAGCCACACAGCAGCUCACUCACAUAGAACUGGUGAGAGACAGACAGACAGCCACACAGCAGCUCACUCACAUAGAACUGGUGAGAGACAGACAGACAGCCACACAGCGGCUCACUCACACAGAACUGGUGAGAGACAGACAGACAGCCACACAGCGGCUCACUCACAUAGAAAUGGUGAGAGACAGACAGACAGACAGCCACACAGCAGCUCACACACAUAGAACUGGUGAGAGACAGACAGACAGACAGCCACACAGCGGCUCACACACACAGAACUGGUGAGAGACAGACAGACAGACAGCCACACAGCGGCUCACACACACAGAACUGGUGAGAGACAGACAGACAGACAGCCACACAGCGGCUCACACACACAGAACUGGUGAGAGACAGACAGACAGACAGCCACACAGCGGCUCACACACACAGAACUGGUAUGUUACUAAAUGAUCAAAUAUAUAUUUAUAUCUACUCACUGUUUAUACAGUGAACAUUGGAUGGUGAAUGUCAGAUGAUAUUUAAGUCCCUUCGCCAUGGCCCAGCAACUCACUCACCAGACCAAAAUCAAUGUUAAAAGCAAGGGAGAGGAGCAGAAAAACGGAGAAAACUGAACCUGAUGUCGGACCAGCAGAGCCUGUACUCUCUCCUUUCUUCAGUGUAUUGAUCUCCAUGCUUUAAAACAGUACAGUCAAUAGUUACCAGGUGACCUAAUAUUGGCAAAACAUUUAUUAACUUAAUUGAACUGAAUAUAUAUAUAUAUAUAAAUAUGUCUGUCUACCAAACGCAGACAGAUGGAAUUUAUUGAGUUCCUUUUCAGGAACGACUGAGCUACAUCGGACCAGAGGAAUUCAUCCAGGCCUUUGAGAAGAAAGGCCCUCUUGACAAUGAUAAGGUAAUGUCCACAAUAGGUCACUGGUAUGUUACGCAGCAGGCUACAGUUGGCUAUCACCAUGUGUUGUUGUACAUUUAUACAACGGGUGGGUCUAAUCCUGGAAGCUGAUUGGGUUAAAACCGCAUUCCAGCCGGUGUCUAUUCCACGAGUUACCACCGGCUGUAGCUAUGACAUUGAAAUGCCUAUUUCUUCUGUUCCAUUUCAAUGCGCAAUCCACUGUCUCAUCAGCCCAGCCAGGCAAUUUAUCAAAUUGAUCUCCACUGUAAAAAGCAUCUAGACAUUAUCGGCCAUUUCUUUUAGACUAGCAAUUGGUUUUCAAUAGCGGAGAUUUGUAUAAAACUUGCAGUCUGUCUCUCUGACAUUUGAAACAUUGUUUCAAUAUUGAAAUUCGAUCAACAGAUGUCCCAUAGUAAUGAACGUGUAGGGGUCGGGAUGAGACAGACAGGCAGGCAGCUUUUCUCAGCCAGUCGAAAUCAUGAAUCAGCAUCAUUUUAAUGGACAUACACAGAGAAAUGUCAAUAGAGAACAGGUAAAAUAAAUAAAAGCUGAAAUAAAUCAUUCUCUCUACUAUUAUUCUGACAUUUCACAUUCUUAAAAUAAAGUGGUGAUCCUAACUGACCUAAGACAGGGAAUUUUUACUAGGAUUAAAUGUCAGGAAUUGUGAAAAACUGAGUUUAAAUGUAUUUGGCUAAGGUGUACGUAAACUUCCGACUUCAACUGUAUGUCCCAAAACUCCAUUAUUUUCCCCAUAGCAAUGUCCAACGAACCAGAGGUAGGACUAGAAGCUAGCGAGCUCUAUAGGUAGAUCAAAUAUGUGCCUCUUCUUUAAACGUCCCUUUGUCUGUCUGGAGGGCAUAGAAUGCUUGGGCCGUAUCGCCUAGCAACCACUCAGCUACAAAACCCAAGAGUUUUGUUUUGGGAGGCUGCGUGGAGCUUGUGUGUGUGUGUCUGCUCGCCAGCGUUUUUGCUGCUAGGCAACAAUGAGACUUGGGGGGGGGGGGGGGAUUUUGGCGCUCUUUCUUUUGUGCCUUGGGCUACCUCUACAUCCACUUCCAAAGGGUUGGGAGGGGCCGUGUGUGUGUGUGUGUGUGUGUGAGGGUGUGAGGUGACCACUGUGGAGAGAGCUACUUAAGGAAUGUUUUAUUAGGAUCAGAGAGAAAUACCUCUGGUCUUUUGACGAAUAAUCACAGCUCUGCUCAAUAAUGUAAAUAGCUAGCUCGCUAACACCCGGAAGGUGUGACUCAGAGCAUAGUGCCAAGUCUGCAAUAAUAGUCUAAUUACAAAGACAACUAUGAAGCCUAUACAUCCAUGUGGGGAUCUAGGUUCACUUUUUGAAAUAAAACGGCAGAAUGUUGAACUGUUUUACUCAUUUUGUUGUUGGCAAAAUACCUAAUUUAAAAAUAAGGUAAGUAAUGCUAAUGAAAUGCUAUUGAUAACUAAAUGUUACACUAUCUAUGCCAUCUAAAUGAAAUGGCUGUGUUUGUCUCCACAGAGCUGCUUCAGCGACCACAAGAAGGCUAGCAACCUGGAGGCGUAUGUCGAGUGGUUCAACAGACUCAGCUUCAUGGUGGCCACAGAGAUCUGCAUGGUGCGUAGCUAGUGAGCUAGCGUUUACCCUAUUGCAGCUAAGCUAACUUAGCUAGUGUUUACCUUACUGCGGCUUAUUUAAAUUAGCUAGCUAGCGGUACCUUGGCUAUCAUCACGUAUCUUUUUUUACUUUUUGACCUGAGGGUUUAUUUUGAGCUUUUGUUGUUGUUGACUUGUUAUUGUUGUUGACUUGACAGCCUGUAAAGAAGAAGCAGCGAGUGCGAGUCAUCGAGUUCUUCAUCGACGUGGCGCGGGAAUGCUUCAACAUCGGCAACUUCAACUCUCUCAUGGCCAUUAUCUGUAAGUGUUUAUCGUUGUUUUUCUAUUUGUUGUUGUUUUUUCACCCCCCCCUUGUCACAAAUCAGUCCACUGCUCACUUGCUGUACACACAAAAGGCUUUUUGUCGACAGUCAGGAAAUUCAAUCAGUAAAUGCAAUUUGUUGUUCAGCAAGACUUUGUACCUUCCUAAUCCCUAUAUUAUCCCCAACCCGAAACGACAUCGCCUUAAAAGUCUUUCAAAUCUAGCUUAUUUCUUUCUUUUGGGCUGAAGUUUUCCCAAUAAAAGUGACCCAUUUGGCCAUAGAAAUUGUCCUUGACCUGAAUAGAAAGGGGAACUUUCAACUAAAAUUGCUAAUCUUGAGCAGAGUGGCUCUAAUCCAGGGGUAGACAACCUUUUUCACGUGGAGUGCCAAUUUACAAUUGAUCUUACAAUUUCUACCAGUCUGCCAAUUAUGAUUUUCAUUUGCACAUUUUCUUGGAACAGUUUAUUUUCAUUUAUAAAAAAUAAAAUAUGCCAUUUAGCAGACGCUUUUAUCCAAAGCGACUUAGUCAUGCGUGCAUACAUUUUUACGUAUGGGUGGUCCCGGGGAUCGAACCCACUACCUUGGCGUUACAAGCGCCGUGCUCUACCAGCUGAGCUACAGUAAUAUAUUAUCUCAAAAUCAUUGUCAAAAUCAUUGUCAUGUCCUUAAUCUAAAUCUAAAUUAACCAAAUAAACAUUGUAGAUUAGAAAUAGUGGGGAUUAAAGGUAAAUGUACUAAUGGUGAUAUACGGGAUGUAAUGGGGAAAUGAUAGACAUAAAAAUUCAAAGGGCAAACAAUUCACACAAUGAAGUUAUGAAAUAAUGAAUAAGCACGAAUUGACGGGAGGGAGUGCAUUCUGGAGAGAGACACUCCUUGUGCAUUUUAGCAACACUCCCGUUCUUCUUGACUCAACAUUUUAAAUGAUACCCAAGACACAUUAUCUCCACACAUACAGUAGGCCUAAGGAAUACUCUCACAAACGGUGUCAGGUCCAAAGCAGUAGCCAUUUAUGGAAAAUGAAUGCAAUUUUGAAACGAAUGCAAUUUCAAUUUUAUCAAAUUGCUUGACGUGCCAAGGCAAAUACCCUCGCCUGCUGGCCUUACGUUGCCGAUGCCUGCUGUCUGUCAAGAUCCAUCUUUGACUAGUCAGGCCUAAAAGCUGCGGUGGAGGGGGUGGUGGAGGGGCAGCUGGUCAGGCUGAAGGCUGGGGUGGAGGGGUGGUGGAGGGGGAGCUGGUCAGGCCUGAAGGCUGGGGUGGAGGGGGUGGUGGAGGGGGAGCUGGUCAGGCCUGAAGGCUGGGGUGGAGGGGGUGGUGGAGGGGCAGCUGGUCAGGCCUGAAGGCUGGGGUGGAGGGGGUGGUGGAGGGGCAGCUGGUCAGGCCUGAAGGCUGGGGUGGAGGGGGUGGUGGAGGGGCAGCUGGUCAGGCCUGAAGGCUGGGGUGGAGGGGGGUGGUGGAGGGGCAGCUGGUCAGGCCUGAAGGCUGGGGUGGAGGGGGUGGUGGAGGGGCAGCUGGUCAGGCCUGAAGGCUGGGGUGGAGGGGGUGGUGGAGGGGCAGCUGGUCAGCCUGAAGGCUGGGGUGGAGGGGGUGGUGGAGGGGCAGCUGGUCAGGCCUGAAGGCUGGGGUGGAGGGGGUGUUGGAGGGGCAGCUAGUCAGGCAUACACAAACACCCAUAUUAGACCGAUGGUUAGCACUGACCAGGGAGGGAGGGAGAGAGCCCUAGCCCCUCUCUCCCUGGAGAUGGAGCCACAAGCAGAGACCCUCAGUCUCCAGGGACCCAGAGAUGGAGUCGUGGACGGUUAAAAAGAGAACACCAAACAAACGAGUCCCUGGGAAAAUGGGCUCUGUCUCUCUCUGCCUGGCUGCUGCGGUUAGUGAGUGUAGUGUAGUGUGGUGUAGUGUGGUGUAGUGUGGUGUAGUGUAGUGUAGUGUAGUGUAGUGUAGUGUAGUGUAGUGUAGUGUAGUGUAGUGUAGUGUGUGUGACGAGCAGCUCUGACAUUGUAUAAACACUGAGUAAGUUGAGACAGCUCCAUAACGUUGUGACAAAGAGAGAGGAGAUGUGUGAGUUAUAGUACCACCAGUCAACACAAUGUACCCUCUGUUACCCUCCUUUUUUAUUACACUGACAUGUUUCCCCACGUUAUUACACUAAAUUUUUAAACACCUGUUAUUACACUGAAUGUUAACAACUGUUUAAAACCUAGACAUUUAACCCUGUUUAUUACAAGACUUUUAAAAAAUGUUUUUUACACGACAGUUUACCCCUGUUAUUACACUAGACAUGUUUACACACUGUUUAUUACACUAGACAUGUUUACACACUGUUUUUACAUAGACUGUUAACAUUUUUAUUCACUAGACAUUUUUCACAUGUUUUUUCCCUUUAGACAUGUUACACAUGUUUUUUACAUGCAUGUUUACAAAAGUUUAUUACCUAGACGUUUACACAUGUUAUUACAUAGAAUGUUUACACACUGUUUUAACUAGACAUUUUUUACACACUUUUUAUUACACUAUACUUUUUACCACGUUUAAAAUAGACUUUUUAACACACUUUUUAUUCAUAGAAUUUUACCCACUGUUUAUUCCCCUAGCUUUAAACACGUUAUUACACUAACAUUUUUAACCACUGUUUUUAGACUGACAGUUUACACACUGUUUUUUACACUAUACAUUUUUCACACUGUUUUUAAACCUGACUGUUAACCAUGUUUAUUACACUAGACAUGUUUACACACUUUUUAUAAUAACAUUUAACACAUGUUUUACACAGCCUGUUUACACACUGUUUUACCUGACAUUUUUACACACUGUUAUCACUAGACUUUUUACACACGUUUUCCCUAGACAUUUUACAACUGUUUUUAAAGACGCUUACAACCCUGUUAUUACACUAAAAAUGUUUAAAAAACUUUUUAUUAACUAGACGGGGUUUACACACGUUAGACACAGACAUUUUUACACCUGUUAUUACACUAGACAGUUUACACCUGUUUUUCCCACAGACAUUUUUUCACACUGUUAUUACACUAGCCCUGUUUUAAACUUUUUUACAUGACUUUUACCAUGUUUUACACUAGAAUUUUUUAAACCCACUUUUUAUUACAUAGACAUUUUUACCCCUUUUUAUUACACUAACAUGUUACACACUUUUUAUUCACUAGACAUUUUACACACUUUUAUUACACUGACUUUUUACACACUUUUUUAUUCACUGCUGUUUACACCUUUUUAUUAACUAGACAGGUUUACACAUGUUUAUUCACGAAUUUUUACACACUUUUUUACAUAGACUUUUUACACAUGUUUUUAACGACAUUUUACCACUUUUUAUUACACUAGACAUGUUUACACACUGUUUUUACACUAGACAUGUUUACACACUGUUAUUACACUAGACAUGUUUACACCCUGUUUAUUACACUAGACAUGUUAACACCUUUUUUUACCAGAAUUUCACACUUUUUCACUAGACAUGUUUACACACUGUUAUUACACUAGACAUGUUUACACUGUUUAUUACACUAGACAUGUUUACACACUGUUUAUUACACUAGACAUGUUUACACACUGUUUUUACAUAAAUUUUUACGGUCUCUCUUGCCAAAUUGCCCCGCAUUUAAAAGCCUUUCGUACCCUCUGGAAAUCAGAACCUAAUAUGGGCUCUUAUUUUACAAAGAUUCUCAGAGUAGGAGUGCUGAUAUAGGACCAGCUUUAUUAGUCUUUUAGAACCUUGAUCAGUGUAUGUCUCUCAUGACACACAGACAGACCCGUGAUUACCAUAUGGGAGGGGGAAGUGGGGCGUGUGAGCACUAUCUGCCUCGGUGCUUCUAAAGAGGAGGAACAGAGGAGAGGUGGGGAGAAGGAGAGAGAGGGAGUGAGAGACUACAGCUUAAGAAUGGGUGCAGGAAGGGGGUUGUUGUUAUGUCUGUCUGUUUCAACGGGGAAAAGCUGUGUGUCUGUUUGUCUGUGUGAAAGCUGUGUGUCUGUGUGUUUCUACUAAUUUGUCAGCCUUCUCUCUUUUCUUGCUCUGCAGCUGGGAUGAACAUGAGCCCCGUCUCUCGACUGAAGAAGACCUGGAGCAAAGUCAAGACUGCCAAGUUUGACAUCUUGGAGGUACAAACACAAACACACACACACACACACACACACACACACACACUUUAAUUGUCACUUGCUGCAUGUAGUGUCAUGCACUUGAGCUUAUGCAUCAUACAAUCUAGCGACAGAAAUUAAAAGGCACCUAGUGCUUAGUUAACCUUCCCAUGUUAUCUUUAAAAGCCUAAUGGACUGCCUCUGAGCUGUUGGAAGUAGCUCCAUGGGGAUGGAGGGAGAGGCAGGUCCUGGGGGAUGGCUAGCCCUAGACGUAGAGCUCUACCUGGGGCUCAGAUAAUACUGAGCUCCCUGGGGGUUUGUGGAGGAACCAGAUAUAGAAGGGGGCUUUCAAGUCAGGAGAUGUGAAGUAGCAGAGAUUAAAAUGAUAAACCAGGUUGGGUCCCAGUGUAACCCAGGAGCCAUCAAAGGAACAGGUUUCUCUCUCUCACGCUCUCUCUCUCUCUCUGUCUCUCUCUCUGUCUCUCACUGUCUCUCUCUGUCUCUCUCUGUCUCUCUCUGUCUCUCUCUGUCUCUCUCUGUCUCUCUCUGUCUCUCUCUGUGUGUGUAGGGAUGUUCCUGCUAGUGAUGUUGUUGGUGGCUGUGGUGUUAGGUUAUUGUCCUCCCUCUGUGUUGAUAGAGGUCAGAGUGCUGAUAGCCUGGUUUGAUGGCUCCAUCUGUCUUGCUGCAUAUGUGUGCCUGCAGUUGAUUUGACAGGGUUGGUUUAUGUGUGAGUGAUUGAUCGAGUCAUUGAGAAGGUUUCUCCCACAAGCAAGAAACCUUUUUUAGGGGAAGGGUGGAGUGGUGAGGUUGUGGGUUCUGAUUUUCCUCUAUGAAGGGUAGACCAUCGCUCCAAGCCUGGCCAAUGACUGACUAACGACCAUAUUUUAACCAUGACCAUAUGUUUACAAUUACAUUUACCAAGUAGUAAUGCAGUCAAUGCAUGUAUCCAUAUACUAUAUGAUGAGGGAGAUGGACUAAAGGUGAACUAAAGCGUACGGUCUCCAUCUCACUCUGAGGCUGUAAGCUAGAAGAAAAAGGCCUCUUCUAAACAUAUUUCAUCUGAGAACUGACUUUCUGCUGCUAUACUGGCGUUUAUAAUGCUAAUCGCUCUUCCCUCUCUCUUCCCUCUCUCCAGCACCAGAUGGAUCCUUCCGGUAACUUCUACAACUACAGAACAGCGUUUAGAGGAGCAACACAGAGGUCUAGAACGGCCAACAGCACUAGAGAGAAGGUGAGCCUCGAUACGUUCACACACAUCUGAGAUUCAAGGCCUGUGUUUUAUAAACCGUAUUGACCCUCCCGUUGUCCUCGGGUCAAAAUGACCCGCCACUGUGUUGAACCAACUUUAUUUAAUGUUUAUAUUUUUGGGAUCAUUUGUGAGAAGGAGGCAGUGAGACUUUAAAGAAAGUAUCACUGCCUCCUUCUCACAAAUGAUCCCAAAAAAUAUAUAAAUAUUAAAUAAAGUUGGUUCAACACAGUGGUGGGUCAUUUUGACCCGAGGACAACGGGAGGGUCAAGGGUCGGAGAGCAGAUCUGGGAACAGUAUUGCUUUUUAGAUUGCAAUGAAUAAGAUUACAUGGACAGUGUGGACCUGUUCCAAUAUCAGGACUCCUAUUCUGAGAUGCUGAUCCUGAUGCCUUCAGUUGCGGAGUCUAUCCAGACAGAUUCUUCCUCAUCAGCCCUUGGAUUCAAACCCGCAACCCUCCAGUUACUGGCCCGCCUCUCUAACCACGAGGCUAAUGCCAGCCGCCCCCCAUUUCCCCCCUCCAUUUCAGACCAAGACAGUUUUAGUGAUUCGUGUAGAUUCUGAUCUCUCCAAAUGGUGGGAACGUUCUCUGUUCUGUCUGAAUUAUCCCAGAGCCCAUGUCAUGUAACCCAGUAAGUGUGUGAUCUGUCCAGCUACACCAAUUUAAAAUGUUUCUGACAUUUAUGUAAAAAGUAAAAGGGUUGUUUUGAAGUGUUUGACGCACGCUGCACUCCACUUAGCCCAGAAGACUAACAAACACGGCGUCUCUCUCACAACUGAUAAGCAGCAAUUAAUUAUUACAUAAAGUGGAGAUCUGUAUCGUCCGUGUCUUUCAUGGAAACAGAAAACAAGUGGAGGGAAUUUGGUGGGAAUGAGAAGAACUUGAAAAGCAUUCCAGAACAGCCUUCUGUGUAGCCAUCGGUUGGUUUGCUUCGAUCUUAUCCCUGCUCAGUGUUGUCGUGUUAUUGACACUAAACACAACAAACUCUGAGGUCUUUGGUUCAGUUGGGACAUUGUUACAACUCUGAAGCAGAGAAGUCAAGAGGUGAAGUCAUGAAUAGGUCAGCUGAGAGCUGGGUCUGGUAUGGACGUCAGAGAGCUGGGUCUGGUAUGGACGUCAGAGAGAGAACAUGAGGGCCUCUUUUCCUCCUCCAAUCAAAAUAUGUUCAGUUCCUUUUCAGGAAAGGAAAAGGGAACAUGGCUGCCAUAAUGCUCUCUCUCUCUCUCUCUGCUUGCGUCUGUCUCCCUCUAACCCACCCUGACCUGACCGCGUGUGAACCGGCCAGCCUGUUCCAAUCCCGCUUGCUUUAGUCCACCGGGUUAGCCUAGUGUUACUGGGUUAGCCUAGCUAGCGGGUUAACCUAGCGGGUUAGCCUAGUGGGUUAGCCUUGGCUAACGAUUUAGCCUAGCGGGUUAGCCUAGUGGGUUAGCCUUGGCUAACGAUUUAGCCUAGCGGGUUAGCUUUGGCAAGCGGGUUAGACUAGUGGGUUAGCCUAGCUUUAGCAGGUUAGCCUAGCACCUAGCAAGCCCUGGAAGGAAGGUUAAACAAUUUGUGUUUAUUGAUGUACUGGGUGUACUGCCAAUCUAUUUGGUUAGCUGAGGGAUCUGUACUGUUCACCCCAGUGGGUAAAGGGCACCAGGCAGUGGAGGCUGGUGGGAGGAGCUAUAGGAGGAUGGGCUCAUUGUAAUGGCUGGAAUGGAUUAAAUGGAACAGUAUCAAACACAACAAACAUAUGGAAACCCCGUUGGACUCCGUUCCAUUUAAUCCAUUCCAGCCAUUACAACGAGCCCGUCCUCCUAUAGCUCCUCCCACCACCCUCCACUGGCACCAGGGUAAUGUUUAGUAGGGAUCACCGUAGCAAAACCUCUUGAAUUGUGAAAUGAAAAUGAGUGUUUCUUAAUGGUUUAAAUUUAUUAAGGCCCUGCCUGUUCCAGUCCGUUUUCUUCCAUUUGGUGCCUAAUGAACAUGACCCUAAUAUCCACCUUGUUGUUUCUCUGUUGCCUGGGAUUGGGCCAACCCAAACCUCUCUGUAACCUAAUGCCUGGGAUAGGGCCAACCCAAACCUCUCUGUAACCUAAUGCCUGGGAUAGGGCCAACCCAAACCUCUCUGUAACCUAAUGCCUGGGAUAGGGCCAACCCAAACCUCUCUGUAACCUAAUGCCUGGGAUAGGGCCAACCCAAACCUCUCUGUAACCUAAUGCCUGGGAUAGGGCCAACCCAAACCGCUCUGUAACCUAAUGCCUGGGAUAGGGCCAACCCAAACCUCUCUGUAACCUAAUGCUUGGGAUAGGGCCAACCCAAACCUCUCUGUAACCUAAUGCCUGGGAUAGGGCCAACCCAAACCUCUCUGUAACCUAAUGCCUGGGAUAGGGCCAACCCAAACCUCUCUGUAACCUAAUGCCUGGGAUAGGGCCAACCCAAACCUCUCUGUAACCUAAUGCCUGGGAUUGGGCCAACCCAAACCUCUCUGUAACCUAAUGCCUGGGAUAGGGCCAACCCAAACCUCACACUGUAACCUAAUGCCUGGGAUAGGGCCAACCCAAACCUCUCUGUAACCUAAUGCCUGGGAUAGGGCCAACCCAAACCUCUCUGUAACCUAAUGCCUGGGAUAGGGCCAACCCAAACCUCUCUGUAACCUAAUGCCUGGGAUAGGGCCAACCCAAACCUCUCUGUAACCUAAUGCCUGGGAUAGGGCCAACCCAAACCUCUCUGUAACCUAAUGCCUGGGAUAGGGCCAACCCAAACCUCACUCUGUAACCUAACUCUUUGUGGUGACGUGGCUUAUUGAAGGGAUGGUUAUCUGAAAACCAUCCUCUCAGUACCUCCUGACUUCUCUCUCUGGGUGAAGUAGGGAAUUUGUUGACAGGCGUAUUUGUGGUGAUUAACAUGGAAACCUCACUACAUUGUUUCCCGCUGGAAAACCCCUCGUACUGUAACCUGACCACUGUAACCUAAUCCCCUGUAACCUGACUGCUGUUUUAAAUUCUCCUCUCUCUCUCUCUCUCUCUCUCUCUCUCUCUCUCCUCUCUCUCUAUCUCUCUCUCUCUCGCUUCUCUCUCUCUCUCUCUCUCUCUCUCUCUCUCUCUCUCUCUCUCUCUCUCUCUCUCUCUCUGUCUCUCUCUCUCUCUCUCGCUCAGAUUGUCAUCCCUUUCUUCAGCCUACUGAUCAAAGACAUCUAUUUCCUGAACGAGGGAUGUUCCAACAGGAUGCAGAACGGACAUAUAAACUUUGAGGUGUGUUUGGGAAGCAGUUUGUUGUUUGUAAGGAACUCCCCAAGGGGUCCUCAAUAUGGUGCCCGGAGGCCAAACUUGGCCCCUGGCAACAAUUGGUUUGGCCCACCAGAGGCUUCCAGAAUGAUCUUAUGUUUUUAUGAACAAUAUUUUUCGGGGAGGGUUUGGCCCAUCAUAGCUCACUACUGAGGAUACAUUUUGACAAGAGUUUGGGCACUUCUGUAACUAGAUUAAGUAAGGCUUUAAUGUAACCCAGGUCGACCAGUUCCAGAAAUGUCCCAUUGCUAAAGGAGACAGUUUGCACAGCAACAAUAUAUAUACAGGCUUCCCCUGACAGAGAAUGAGGAAGUAAGACUUACCAGCUGCACUACAGUGGAAUUAACACUUUUAUCAUUGGAGACCCUAUUCACAGUCUGUAAAGCACUUUUAUCAUUGGAGACCCUAUUCAUAGUCUAUAAAGCAGUCAUCAGCGAAGACAGUCAUCAGCGAAGACAGUCAUCAGCGUAGACAGUCAUCAGCGUAGACAGUCAUCAGCGUAGACAGUCAUCAGCGUAGACAGUCAUCAGCGUAGACAGUCAUCAGCGUAGACAGUCAUCAGCGUAGACCGUCAUCAGCGUAGACAGUCAUCAGCGUAGACAGUCAUCAGCGUAGACCGUCAUCAGCGUAGACAGUCAUCAGCGUAGACCGUCAUCAGCGUAGACAGUCAUCAGCGUAGACAGUCGUCAGAUAAGUGAAUGUUACCAUCAGGUUGUGGUUAGGUUUACAUAAUUUCUACACUGACCACCUUUAUGGUGGUGAAUACGAGGCAGUGCAUUCAGCUAACAUUAACACUGUUGUGUUAACAUUGUUUUCAUGUUUUAUCGUUGUUUUUCAGAAAUUCUGGGAGAUGGCGAAGCAGGUUAGCGAGUUCAUGGUUUGGAAGAAAGUGGAGUGUCCGUUUGAGAAGGACCGCAAGAUUCUCCAGUAUCUACUCACCGCACCUGUCUUCAGCGAGGACAGUAUGUACACCCCUCAAAAACGUCCCCCCCUUAAUGUACACCCCUCAAAAACGUCCCCCCUUAAUGUACACCCCUCAAAAACAUCCCCCCUUAAUGUACACCCCUCAAAAACGUCCCCCCUUAAUGUACACCCCUCAAACGUCCCCCCCUUAAUGUACACCCCUCAAAAACGUCCCCCCCUUAAUGUACACCCCUCAAAAACGUCCCCCCCCUUAAUGUACACCCCUCAAAAAUUCCCCCCUUAAUGUACACCCCUCAAAAACGUUCCCCCUUAAUGUACACCCCUCAAAAACAUCCCCCCUUAAUGUACCCCCCUCAAAAACGUCCCCCCUUAAUGUACACCCCUCAAAAACGUCCCCCCUUAAUGUACACCCCUCGAAAACGUCCCCCCUUAAUGUACACCCCUCAAAAACGUCCCCCCCUUAAUGUACACCCCUCAAAAACGUCCCCCCUUAAUGUACACCCCUCAAAAACGUCCCCCCUUAAUGUACACCCCUCAAAAACGUCCCCCCCUUAAUGUACACCCCUCAAAAACGUCCCCCCCUUAAUGUACACCCCUCAAAAACGUCCCCCCUUAAUGUACACCCCUCAAAAACGUCCCCCCUUAAUGUACACCCCUCAAAAACGUCCCCCCCUUAAUGUACACCCCUCAAAAACGUUCCCCCUUAAUGUACACCCCUCAAAAAUAUCCCCCCUUAAUGUACACCCCUCAAAAACAUCCCCCCUUAAUGUACACCCCUCAAAAACGUCCCCCUUAAUGUACACCCCUCAAAACGUCCCCCCCUUAAUGUACACCCCUCAAAAACGUCCCCCCUUAAUGUACACCCCUCAAAAACGUCCCCCCUUAAUGUACACCCCUCAAAAACGUCCCCCCUUAAUGUACACCCCUCAAAAACGUCCCCCCCUUAAUGUACACCCCUCAAAAACGUCCCCCCUUAAUGUACACCCCUCAAAAACGUCCCCCCCUUAAUGUACACCCCUCAAAAACGUCCCCCCCUUAAUGUACACCCCUCAAAAAUAUCCCCCCUUAAUGUACACCCCUCAAAAACGUCCCCCCCUUAAUGUACACCCCUCAAAAACGUCCCCCCCUUAAUGUACACCCCCUCAAAAACGUCCCCCCUUAAUGUACACCUCUCAAAAACGUCCCCCCUUAAUGUACACCCCUCAAAAACGUCCCCCCUUAAUGUACACCCCUCAAAAACGUCCCCCCCUUAAUGUACACCCCUCAAAAACGUCCCCCCUUAAUGUACACCUCUCAAAAACGUCCCCCCUUAAUGUACAACCCCUCAAAAACGUCCCCCCUUAAUGUACACCCCUCAAAAACGUCCCCCCUUAAUGUACACCCCUCAAAAACGUCCCCCCUUAAUGUACACCCCUCAAAAACGUCCCCCCCUUAAUGUACACCCCUCAAAAACGUCCCCCCCUUAAUGUACACCCCUCAAAAAUAUCCCCCCUUAAUGUACACCCCUCAAAAACGUCCCCCCCUUAAUGUACACCCCUCAAAAACGUCCCCCCCUUAAUGUACACCCCUCAAAAACGUCCCCCCUUAAUGUACACCUCUCAAAAACGUCCCCCCUUAAUGUACACCCCUCAAAAACGUCCCCCCUUAAUGUACACCCCUCAAAAACGUCCCCCCUUAAUGUACACCCCUCAAAAACGUCCCCCCCUUAAUGUACACCCCUCAAAACGUCCCCCCCUUAAUGUACACCCCUCAAAACGUCCCCCCCUUAAUGUACACCCCUCAAAAACGUCCCCCCCUUAAUGUACACCCCUCAAAACGUCCCCCCCUUAAUGUACACCCCUCAAAAACGUCCCCCCUUAAUGCCACAAUGCCGCUCUCAUGUUGUAAAGGGUCAAUGUGCCGAAGUGAUUGUCAUUGAAACCAAAAAAAGUCCGCUAUACUUUAACGUUCAGUGUUUCUCCUCCAGAAAACAUGCAACACUACAGAGAAAGCAGGUGUUUUAUGGUACUGUAUGAUACUGUGGAUAUGAUAUGAUGACGGUUCUCUCUGUUCUCUCUCCUCUCAGCUCUGUGUCUGGCCUCCUAUGACAGUGAAGGCCCUGAGAAUAACAUGGAGAAGGACAGAUGGAAAUCUUUGAGGUGUGUACCCUCCGCGGGAUGGUGUGUGUACCUGAGGGUCAGCCCCAAUGCGACAGAACCUGUCCCAUUACUCCAGACUGCCGUAGUUUCUCUCUCUCCCCACUGAGACAGAACCUGUCCCAUUACUCCAGACUGGCGUAGUUUCUCUCUCUCUCUCUCUCUCUCCCCACUGAGACAGAACCUGUCCCAUUACUCCAGACUAGCGUAGUUUCUCUCUCUCUCUCCACUGAGACAGAACCUGUCCCAUUACUCCAGACUGGCGUAGUUUCUCUCUCUCUCUCUCUCUCUCCCCACUGAGACAGAACCUGUCCCAUUACUCCAGACUGCCGUAGUUUCUCUCUCUCUCCCCACUGAGACCGAACCUGUCCCAUUACUCCAGACUGCCGUAGUUUCUCUCUCUCUCCCCACUGAGACAGAACCUGUCCCAUUACUCCAGACUGCCGUAGUUUCUCUCUCUCUCCCCACUGAGACAGAACCUGUCCCAUUACUCCAGACUGCCGUAGUUUCUCUCUCUCUCCACUGAGACAGAACCUGUCCCAUUACUCGAGACUGGCGUAGUUUCUCUCUCUCUCUCUCUCCCCACUGAGACAGAACCUGUCCCAUUACUCCAGACUGCCGUACUUUCUCUCUCUCCCCACUGAGACAGAACCUGUCCCAUUACUCCAGACUGCCGUAGUUUCUCUCUCUCCCCACUGAGACAGAACCUGUCCCAUUACUCCAGACUGGCGUAGUUUCUCUCUCUCUCCCCACUGAGACAGAACCUGUCCCAUUACUCCAGACUGCCGUAGUUUCUCUCUCUCCCCACUGAGACCGAACCUGUCCCAUUACUCCAGACUGCCGUAGUUUCUCUCUCUCUCCCCACUGAGACAGAACCUGUCCCAUUACUCCAGACUGCCGUAGUUUCUCUCUCUCCCCACUGAGACAGAACCUGUCCCAUUACUCCAGACUGCCGUAGUUUCUCUCUCUCUCCCCACUGAGACAGAACCUGUCCCAUUACUCCAGACUGGCGUAGUUUCUCUCUCUCCCCACUGAGACCGAACCUGUCCCAUUACUCCAGACUGCCGUAGUUUCUCUCUCUCUCCCCACUGAGACAGAACCUGUCCCAUUACUCCAGACUGCCGUAGUUUCUCUCUCUCUCCCCACUGAGACAGAACCUGUCCCAUUACUCCAGACUGGCGUAGUUUCUCUCUCUCCCCACUGAGACCGAACCUGUCCCAUUACUCCAGACUGCCGUAGUUUCUCUCUCUCCCCACUGAGACAGAACCUGUCCCAUUACUCCAGACUGGCGUAGUUUCUCUCUCUCUCCCCACUGAGACCGAACCUGUCCCAUUACUCCAGACUGCCGUAGUUUCUCUCUCUCCCAACUGAGACAGAACCUGUCCCAUUACUCGAAGACUAGCGUAGUUUCUCUCUCUCUCCCCACUGAGACAGAACCUGUCCCAUUACUCCAGACUGCCGUAGUUUCUCUCUCUCCCCACUGAGACAGAACCUGUCCCAUUACUCCAGACUGCCGUAGUUUCUCUCUCUCCCAACUGAGACAGAACCUGUCCCAUUACUCGAGACUAGCGUAGUUUCUCUCUCUCUCCCCACUGAGACAGAACCUGUCCCAUUACUCCAGACUGCCGUAGUUUCUCUCUCUCCCCACUGAGACAGAACCUGUCCCAUUACUCCAGACUGCCGUAGUUUCUCUCUCUCUCCCCACUGAGACAGAACCUGUCCCAUUACUCCAGACUAGCGUAGUUUCUCUCUCUCUCUCCACUGAGACAGAACCUGUCCCAUUACUCCAGACUGGCGUAGUUUCUCUCUCUCCCCACUGAGACAGAACCUGUCCCAUUACUCCAGACUGCCGUAGUUUCUCUCUCUCUCCCCACUGAGACAGAACCUGUCCCAUUACUCCAGACUGCCGUAGUUUCUCUCUCUCUCCACUGAGACAGAACCUGUCCCAUUACUCCAGACUGCCGUAGUUUCUCUCUCUCUCCCCACUGAGACAGAACCUGUCCCAUUACUCCAGACUAGCGUAGUUUCUCUCUCUCUCUCCACUGAGACAGAACCUGUCCCAUUACUCGAGACUGGCGUAGUUUCUCUCUCUCUCUCUCUCCCCACUGAGACAGAACCUGUCCCAUUACUCCAGACUAGCGUAGUUUCUCUCUCUCCCCACUGAGACAGAACCUGUCCCAUUACUCGAGACUGGCGUAGUUUCUCUCUCUCCCCACUGAGACUCCAGACUGCCCGUGUCAGCACAAUGUGGCUCUAGCCUUGCCGACGUGCCUCGAGUCCGGCUAUGA